CUUAUAUCCUUUACCUCCUCCCACAGUCAAAGAAUAACCAAGAAGGAAAUAGGAAGUGAAAAGAUUGUAUGCCAUUUUAGGAGGUCCUGCUGAUACCAUUUCCUAAAAAAAAAAAAAAAAAAUGGCAGAGAAAGACCCCGAUUUCUCUUCCUGCAAAACCCCCUCUGCUUCACAGGUAGUAGAAGAGCUGAAAGAGCUAUGGUCUAUGGCUUUGCCCACCACAACCUCAAACUUCAUGGCUUUUUUUCGAACAGCAGUGUCAGUCUUGUUCUUAGGCCGCUUGGGCCGUCUAGAGCUAGCAGGAGGAGCUCUCUCCAUCGGCUUCACCAACAUCACAGGCUACUCAGUUCUAGUGGGUCUCACUUCAGGACUUGAACCAGUGUGUAGCCAAGCCUUUGGUAGCAAAAACUGGGACCUACUGUCUCUCUCCCUCCAGCGCAUGAUCCUCAUACUUUUGUUGGCCAUAAUACCCAUCAGCUUUUUGUGGGUCAAUCUAGGAAGCAUCAUGUUGUUCAUGGGCCAAGACAAAGAAAUCACUAAAAUGGCUGCAACAUACUGUAUCUACUCUCUCCCAGACUUGUUGACAAACACACUGUUGCAGCCACUAAGAGUUUUCUUAAGAUCACAGCGUGUGACUAAGCCCAUGAUGUACUGCUCCUUAUUGGCUGUGACUUUUCAUGUACCAUUGAAUAUAGUGUUGGUUAGGGUGAUGAAUCUUGGGGUGCCAGGUGUGGCUAUGGCUUCUGUGCUGACAAACUUGAAUAUGGUGGUUUUGAUGGGAGGGUAUGUUUGGUGGAAAGGAGGGGAGAUGAAGUGGAAAGUGGGGAAUAAUAUUAAUAGCGUGGUUGAUUUGAAAGGAAUGUGGUGUGGAUUGGGACCUUUGUUGAAACUAGCAGUACCAAGCUGUUUAGGGAUAUGCUUGGAGUGGUGGUGGUAUGAGAUUGUGACUGUGAUGGCUGGGUACUUGCCAAAUCCAACUCUGGCUGUAGCUGCUACUGGGAUUCUUAUUCAGACCACUAGCAUGAUGUACACUGUCCCCAUGGCCCUUGCUGGCUGUGUCUCUGCCAGAGUAGGGAAUGAACUUGGAGCUGGUAGGCCAUACAAAGCCAAACUAGCAGCAAUGGUUGCAUUGGGGUCUGCUGGUGUAAUCGGCAUAAUCAAUGUGACAUGGACUGUGAUCCUAAGGGAAAGAUGGGCAGGGUUGUUCACAAAUGAUGUGCAAGUCAAAGCCUUGGUUGCCUCAGUUAUGCCUAUCAUGGGGCUCUGUGAGCUUGGCAACUGUCCACAAACCACAGGCUGUGGCAUCAUACGUGGCACAGCGCGGCCCGCCGUGGGUGCCCAUAUCAAUUUUUGGUCAUUUUACUUUGUGGGCACUCCUGUUGCUGUGGGACUAGCCUUCUGGCUCAAGUUUGGGUUUAGUGGGUUGUGGUGUGGCCUCCUUUCUGCUCAGGUAGCCUGUGUAUUCUCAGUCCUUUAUGUUGUACUGGUACGUACAAAUUGGGAGGCUGAGGCUUUGAAGGCUAGGAAUCUCACUGGGUUAGAGAUGUGUCCAUCUAAUGGUGAAGAAUGUGACAAUGAUGAAGAAAGCAACAGGUUAUUGGUAAAUGGUAACAUCUAUAAUGUUUGCUAGAGAAACCAUAAAGAAAAAUGUAUGGGGUUAAUUUUGGGAUUUGGGAUGUGUUUUUUGUUGGUUAGUUGCUUUAUGGGUACUGAUACUUUGAAUUUUGUGUUUGGGGUGGUGGGGUGCUUUUUAACUGUAAUGGAACCAAUUUUCUUGGGAAAAAAAUGUAGCACUCCCCAUGCAACUGUUUACAUGUUUUAAGAAAGCAUGGCCUACAUUUUGCUGCACCUUAAAUAGUGACUUUGUUUUUUGUGAU